GGCGUCGGUUCACGUGUGUUUUUAAGUAGGCCGCGGCGCCGUCCAUCCAGCGUAGGUAUACUUCUUGGCCGCUCGUCGUCGCGGUGGCGCAGCAGUUCGUGGCACCCUCUGCCUUUCUCACUCCUUCCUUCGGCGGCUGCUUUUAACAACUCUUGCCGCCAACCAACAACCACCAGCCACUGCCGCGCUGCAUCUCCGAAGCAACAAUAGUCCCCCUCUUGUACAGUACUCUCACAGCAGCAGCAAUAUUCCAGAGCCUUUAAUACCAUACCAAGAUAUACGCGCGGCGUCCGAGGACCACCGAUUCGCACCAUACACCAUCACUUCUCUCUCUCCUCUUCCUCGUGACGUUUAGCGUCUAUAAAUACGUUGAAAACAGUGUCCGUUCGGUCCUGCAAAACACAAACAACCAGUGCAUCCGGCGCCGUACACUUAUGGACGGACUGCGGCGUCAAAUCCUAUUUGAAUUUCAAAUCGGACUUGAUUGGAAUUUAUUGAUACUAAACUAACUAUUGAUACUAUCAUUAAUUUGCCAGUGAUGUUCCAAUAACACAACAGCGCAUCUGGAAUUUAGUUUGCGGUUUCCUUUCAACAAGUUUAUCAACAGCAGAAACCCCUGUGAAUUACAUCAAUCGGUGUGGCGGAUUCAUGGAGACGCGGUGAUACAGCGAGUGCAAUUAACAUGUGAUUGAGUGAUCGCGGCGAGAUCGAGAUGAGAUCGCCCGACAGCAGAUCGGGCUACAGACCGGGAAGGACCUUCGAAGAGGAACUCAACUUGAGGUAUCUAUCGCCUGGCGCCUUCACUGUUCUUUCGCCAGAAGACCAUGGCAGUCCUCCAGAUCCUCCACAGGCUCCACCACCUUAUAGAUUUAGUCCAACUCAGAGGAGGAGGAAAAACCAAGCUUUCUCUAUUAUAGCGGAGCCUUUGCUCUCGCCGAGGUCGAGAAGUCCUUCGCCAACAUCAGGGCGCGUGUCGCCGUUCCGAGGUCGAGGCUUCAACCCCGUCGGUUCGCGGCAUAUUUCGCCAGCUCCUUCACCUCCACCAGAGGACAAAAGAAUACGCAACGCGGAUGGCUCUUCUCCGAGAAGGUCGCAAAUACCGCAACUGAAGAAGCGCAGUAAUUCCAUCAUCUUGACGGAGGACAGCGACAGUUCGCCAGUGCGAAAACCAGGCGGUUCGUUGAAAACCCAAUUAAGCAAGAGUCUAAACAACAUCGGGCCCAGAAAUGUUUCAUUCAAACCGCCGCCGAGUCCACGCAGGUUUCCCACCCUUUACAACAAGGGUCAGCCAAUUAGCAGGCUGUCUCCGAUCAUCGGCAGCUCUCCAGAACCCAGUUCCGAUUCCAAAUGUCAGUCUUCCCCUUCUAGGAUACCAAAGUGUCGCAGCACUCCACCUAGUAGGAUUCAGUCGCCGACUAGGGACCUGUCGCCCAACUACAGGCGCCCGGCCACCAGGGCAAACUCUAGGAACGGCUCAAGGAAUGCCAGUCCAUCGCCGAAGCCUCCGUUCACGCCCACCAGGAUCCCGACUAAGAACUACAAGAACGUUCAAGCUAAAGUUAACAGUUACAAUGCCAAAUCCACUAAAGCCAAAGUGCCUCCUAAACCUACCGAUGCAGCCAAGACUAAAACGAAAAGUGGUAAUAGUAACAGUAAACUAGAGCGGACCGAUAGUGUUAAUUAUAAUAAUACUAAUAAUAAUAAAUCAGUGUCAAAACGCAAUUCGUACAACAGUAACAACAACAUCAACAGAACAGGCAGCAGCAAUAAUAAUACAAACAAAACUAAUAAUAAUAGUAAUAGUAGCGGUAGUAACAGCAGUAACAACAACAGUAAUUCUACUAAGAAUGUUGCCGGUUCUGCUGUGAAGCGGACGAGCAGCGUGAAAAAUUUGAAGAGAGAGGACAAGGACAAUAGCAAUGGCAAAGCCGCUGGUAAUGUGACUGAAAGCAAUGGAAAAUCAUCAACGGAGAUGGAGACUAGCGAUGGCAACAGUGCGAAGCCGAUGGUGGCAAAAUCGCACAGUCGGGAAAACGUGCUGAAAAAGGUUGAGAGCGCGGCAAAACUAACCGACAUGCUUCCAUCCGCCACGACCAUGGUGUCCACCACGACGACGACGGUGACCCAACCUCUGAAGAUCGAAUUGGAUGCACCUCUGAUCAUGGAGGUCGAAACGGACAGACCGAAGCCGAAAGAAACCCCGAUGUAUAUGGACGAAGGUAGGGUGUUGAGUGCUAAGAGCGUCUCGAGCGCAAUAGAAAGAAUGAACGAUACUGUUCUAGAUUCGCAAACCCUUCUGAAGGACCAUAACUUAUCCAAGCUGUCGCCGGCUGCAAAUGCAAUUAUAUCGUUAUCCGGCAACGAGAACGCGACGGCGGCCAACAACAAUCUGCGAUCCUCCGACAAAAGUGCACUGCCCCAAGUGGAGAUCGUCAAGGCUGCCAAUUCCGUGGGCAAUCGGGACGCUGUGCACGGCUCUGCUGCUGCGAACCACAACAUGAACAACAACAAUAAUAACAAUAUUAAUCAUAAAGCGGCGGAGGCGAAUAGCGCGAAGAACAACAUCAACAAACUCAUCUCGCCCGAUGACAGUUUUGGUGCUAAAGUGAAUAGUUACGAAAAAAGUGCUAAUGAUCGGAUCAAAGAAGCUAGGACUAUGGUGGCUGCUGACGUGAAACCGAUUCGAAUCACUGUACAAGGGAAGCCCAGUGAUAUUGAGGUGCAGAGCGGAAACGUUCGCUUUCCAGCGAAUGUCACCAAUGGAAUAACUUCAGGUUCUAGCAGUGUUCCGCCACAGAAUGGAAACCAGCAACCGGAGCCAUCUAAAACCAAGUGCCAGAUGUUCAUGGAGAAGCUGGCUUGCGCUAGAUGCAAAUCAAAAACGGAUGAAAUCAACGAAACCGACGACAAAACCAAGAAGGGUUGUUUCAGUUGCCUGAAGAAAAAGAAGAAGGAGGUGGAGGAAAUCAUUAUAACGGAUACGGAAGGCACCAUCAAGAAAUCUUUGACGGUCAUGGAUAGAUUGAAGUGUUGUCGCAGCAACAAGAUUGGAGAUGAAGUUACAACCGGGUGUUGCGGUAGGAAAAAGCGGAAAGACAGCUGGGCCAAUAGAAGAGACAGUAUCUUAAGCGAACCAACUCCAAUCACCAGAAGAGAUAAAUGCAAGAACUUCUUCAGAGCCGUAUUCUGCUGCUGCGGUUGCACCUGCUGCAAAAGAGCGUCGAAGGUCGAGGAUGAUGCCAGUCGUCGAGCAUCGAUGUUGAGCAAAAAGAAAAGCUUAACCCCGACGGUUCUGCCGCCCGAGGAACCCAAAUCCAAACUGGACAGCAGCCUGGUGGAAUACACGUCGACGAUGAAGGCCGCCAUUCCAGUUCUUCCAAUAGCACUCGCAUACUUCUGCCUGUUCUUCAACAUUUUCACACCGGGCAUCGGGACCUUCUUCAGUGGUUUGUUCUGCCUCUGCAUAGGCAUACCUAGGUUCUCGCAGCGAGACGGCGCAAGGCCCCGAUUCGGAUCUUUCAUCAUAAACACUAUAAUUGGCUGCGGUCAACUUUUCACCGUCCUCUUUUGUCUCGUGGGUUGGGGUUGGUCCAUCUGGUGGGGCGUCAUCAUGCUUAAGGUUGCCAAAAAACACAGGAAGCUGAAGAAACUGGAGAAGAGGUUGGAAGAGCAACAGGAAAAGACUGCGACAGGUAAUCAAUCUAGGAUAGACGUAGAGAAAGGGCGGUCGUGAGGUUCGCACAACGAGGAAUUUUUGCUACUUGUACAGGACUACUCUUGAACUAUUCCAUUAAGAUAAACUUAAUAGAUAUAUCUUCCAAGAACUACUACAUUUCUAAGAUUUUCCGCAUCACAAAUUCAUUCAUUAUUUCAUCAGGUUUCUAUAAGUAUCGGUUGAUUUAAAUUAUAUUAUUUUCAAACAGAUCUACGAGGAUAUAUUGGAAUGUUUCCGAAAAAUUCAU